AUGCAAAGCUCAUUCCAAGUGGCAGAGAAGCGUAAACAGAAGCGGAACAGGAUAUCGCUCUCCUGUAUCAGCUGUAAGAAGCGAAAAGUCAAGUGUGAUCGCGGCAACCCUUGCCAAGCGUGUGUAAAGUAUCACGGAGUUUGUGAGUACCCGAUAUCGGUAUGGACAACGGCAUCCCAAAACGAACCAGGGAGCUCAUAUCAGAUCCAUGGGUUUGAUGCCACAAAGCGAAGAAUAAGCGAAAUUGAACUGUCUCUAGGACAUCCUUCUACCGGACAUAGUCCAUUCAGUACUGCAUCCAAUGACUCCGUCCUCCUUCCACCGAUCAAGAAACUCCACUUCAAUUGGAAUGAAUACAAGUACAAUCCAGAUACAAACCCAACAUACAUCGGAAUCAACCCCUAUGCCAAUAACACAGAGACUAUAAACUUUUACGACGGAUACACCCCUUUGUUUCUUCAGGAUAAAGCCAGAACCCACAACUACGGUCCGUUCUCGUGGAUGACUAUCAUGAAUAAAGACCCGGGAUUACGUCGCCUUUGGAAGUUUGUCCAGAAUGAAAGCUUAAAGAAGAUUGAACAGCAUUUAACAAGCACACACAGACAUAAGCAAAUACCUCAUGAUGAAAUUGUGGCGGAAGUGGCAAAGCAAGACGCUAAUGCAGCCGCAUGCUUUGAAAUCAGUGAAUCGGAAGUUGCAUUCAGAGACAAGGCAGUGGACAGAGAUGGAUACAAUGAUUUGAGAUUGUACGGAAACGUUACAAGAAAGACUAGCAAUUUGAGAGAUUCCACUGCUUCUACUUCAAGAUCUAGCAAUACACCUGCUCCUUCGCAGAAACAGAUUCAGCGAAUGGCAAUGAACAAACACGCCAUAGCUUUAGGACUUACUUUAUAUGAAGGGAAAAUGGAUCAAGAAUUACAGUUAAUUGAGAAAAUCACAAAGAUUCUCCCCAAGCAAAAAGUUAUCUGGAAGUUGAUCCACAAAUUCUUUAACUCGGUGUAUCCAUACAUGCCAUUCUUGGAUGAGGGCUAUUUCGUUACAGAAAUGACCCGAAUAUUAGGUCCUGAAGAAUCCAAUGAUAGACAACUUGAAUCACUCAAGGUCGAGAAACGGUUGGAUUUCGCAUAUAUUGGUAUCCUUCUUAUUGUGCUCCGUAUUACAUAUCUCCUGCUUUUCUCCAAUAGAAACGGCGUAAACCAACGAAAUUUAGCCACGACAGACCCAUCAUUCCAAGCCCAGGAAAUUAAAUAUCUACUUUCAAACCCGAUUGAUAUUGAUGUUAUCGCCAUGGCUCAAUUAUGUCUUGAUCAGUUUGAUAUUUUCCACAAGAGCAAUAUCGUCAUUUUGCAAUGUGCAUUCUUUAUGAGGCUAUACUAUAUGUUUGCUCCUGAAGAAGGUGAUGGUGCUGAUGGAGGAGAUUCGCAGAUUUUCUCGGGGACAAUCAUCCAAAUGGCAUAUUCAAUGGGGCUUAAUCGAGAACCCGACAAUUUCCCUGAUGUGUCCAAUGAUGAAAGGUCAAACAAUAUGGCGAGAAAGAUUUGGUUGUUUUUGAUCAUAGGUGACUUGAUCCAGGGAUAUCAGUACGGUAACCCUAUGAGCAUUGACCAGAAGUAUUACGAUACGAAAUUGCCCUAUUAUAAACCGGGAAAUGAAAAUGUCAAAGAUAUCGAGUUGGAGAAACAUGUCAUUAGUACAUUUGCUUAUUUUGAAAAGUAUUACCUGAAGUUAGUGGCGCUCUUGGACGUUGGUAUUGACGUGAGAAAGCAUGUCACCAUGAAAGAGUUGACUGAGUUGAUUACCGACUUUGAAAUUUCGUUAAAUGACCAUUAUGGAUUGUUGAAGUUUUUCCUCGUUCCAUUCAAGCAAGACAACUAUACUUAUCCAUUCAUUAAAGCUAUGAAGUGUAAGAAUUACAUCAACAUGAAGAUGUUUCUCAAUACCAUUCUAUUCCAUUUAUACUUGCAUUACGAGAAGUCCGACACGACCUUUGCAUUUUUCUACUUGAAGAAAAUCCUUGCUAGUCUUUGUACGGAGUUCAUCCCAUGCAUGUUUCAAUUGAUUGCUGAUAAUUACUUGAAUUUUGGUCCUGUUGCGGAUUUGUUUCUUAAUCCGACCCUUGAAUCAAUGAUUCAUAAAGCCACAGUUAUCAUCUCGGCCGUGCUUGUCCGGGUCAAUUCCAGCAUCUAUAAGCUCAGAUAUGUUGAGACCGACAAGCAUGACGACGGAUUGUGGAAUAGUCCAUCGUAUAGACUUCAUUAUGCCAAGCUCGUAAAGUUUUCGAAAGUGCUCACUCGAAUCAUGAAAUUCUGUAUUGCUGCUAUUUCCAGGUUGAGUCAGAGGUAUUAUUACGCUUGGAGAUUGACGAAAGCGCACGGGUACAUUGGAACCAUCAUCAUUGGAACUGAGUUUUACAAAAACACCAAGCUGGAUCCUAUAUUGUUGAUUGAUCUAACCAACGACCAAUUAUCUGAGUUGCUUAAGAUCAGUGAAUUGACAUUGAAGAAGUAUACCAAGCAUGUUGACAUUUUCAAUGAAGACAUUGACGUAAUCAACGAAUGUGCCCAAUCGUGCUCUCCACCACCAGAGAUACUUGGAGAAGAACCAGACUGCUCUCACAACAAUGCGCCACCUGUGAAAGCACAACCUACUCCUGAUCCACAUAAACAACAUCUAUACAAUGAUUCGUUUGCAUCGUCGCUGGCCUCGCUCAAUGAUGAGGAUUUCGGAUGUUUGCAAAACGACGAGAUUGACAAGUUGUGGUAUCAAAUGGCGGCCAUGAAACAAACAGGACCAAUUUCAACUCCAAGUUCCAAUUUUGGAAGCAGUGGCUCGGAGAAUGGAAACUAUAGUAAUGGUAAUGCCAACAAUAUCAACCAGAAUCCUGUGACUGCAAAUGUCAAUAUGAGUUAUCCUGUGUUUGGCUCGCCUGCUGGGUUCAAUAACAUUAUGGGUAUGGGUAUGGGUGAUGGAGAGGUUGACUUGUUUAAUGCUCUCUCGGUUGACCAAUUGUUGGGGUUGACCAAAGACGGUAAAUGGUAAUAGAAUGUAUUCAUAGUGUAAUAGUAACAGCCGUAUUCAUAUUGUAAUAGUAACAGCCUAUUCUUGUAAUAGUAACAGCCUAUUCUUGUAAUAGUGACAGCCCUAUUCUUGACAUAGUAA